AAUGGCGGAGGCGCUGAGGCGGGUGCUGAAUGCCGGCUGCGCGGCAGGGCCGGGAGAGGAGGGCGGCGCCGGGCCGCCAUUGCUGUUGCUCGGCGCUCCGCGCUCUGCGCAGACGUCGCUGCUGUUUGCAGCCGCCCUGGAGGCGGCAGGGGAAGGCCGCGGGUCCGUCCUCUUCGUGACGCGAAGGCCCCUUCAGAGCCUGCCGCUCAGUACGCCCGCGGCGCGAGAGCAUUGGCGGCUCCAGAAGGUUCGAUUCCAGUACCCAUCCUCAAUUCAAGAGCUUCUACAGCUGCUAGCCUCUGCCCAUGAAGCCCCAGCACCAACCCCAUCCCUUCUACUCCUGGACGGCCUGGAAGAAUAUCUCGCAGAGGAUCCCGGUGCCCAGAAAGCCGCCUACGUGGCUGCAUUACUUCUGGAUACCGCUGCCUAUUUUAGCCACCGUCUUGGAGCCAAUGGCAGCUGCGGGCUUGUGGUGGCCCUUGAAACCCAAAAAGAAGCAGAGGCUGAUGCCCCACAUCUGGCAACACUUAAGCGGUAUUUUCCUGCACAGUGCCGGCUGCAGCCAGAUGCCCUAGGCUUGGGACAGCACUGCUGCCUUCGAGCCAGCCUCGAGUCUGGCAAGCUGAGCCCUAGGACAGAGUGGUCAGUGACUUUCUUACCCUGUGGAGAGAUGAAGAUCACCCCAUGGCCUGCCCAGGCUUCUAAGCUCAGCCCAGAUAAAAAAGGUUCAAGUGCUGGAAGCCAGUCCUUAACUUUGAGAUGUGACAACCGUCUUGGUCCUGGGUCUCCCUUGGGUGGGAUUCUUACUUCAGAGACAGGUGCAGAUUCAAAGACCUGAAAAUUGUAGAUUUUCUGUUUAUAAACUAGCAUUAGUGUCCUCAGGGGUUGGCAAGAUCCCUUGGCAACACGCACGGUAGUUUGAAUGAUUCCCAGGACCCACGUGGUAGAAAGAUAUAGAACUGACUCCUGCAAGUUGACUUCUGACCUCCACGUGUGGGUAGAAGCACACAUAGACCCUCCACAUUAAUAGCAAAUUAAGAGUGAAACCUUUAAGAUAAGUAAGACCAGCAGAGCCUUUCUUUGCCCACUCACCGUUGUCAGUGAGAUUCAGCCAUAUUUCCUAGUUCAGUUUUUUUUUUUUUUUUUUAUCUGCUGCAUUCUGUAUCCAGACAGGCUCUCUUGUAAGUCAGGCUAGCCUCAAACUAGAUCCUUAACUGAGGCUGCCCUUGAACUCCCUAUCCUCCAGCCUCAUCUCUUGAGGGCGGGGCCUAUGGAGUAUGCUGCUGUUCUUGGCUCCUCUUGCACAUUCCACGGGUGCCUGUAUCCCAGUUACCUCUGUGUGUUGGCUUACAUAGUUAGGGGUCAUACACACGGCCUUGCACAUGUGUUUAGGGUGUACAGUUGGGAGUGGAUCCACUCCAUAUAGGGUAUGCACACGUUUAGCUUGCUUAGGACAUUCAUUUUUAAAGUCAUCAGACUGAAGCUGAGUAUGAUGGUAUGCAAAAUGGUAAGGCCAGCUUUGGGAGGGAGAGGUAGGAGCUCGCAAGUAGAAGGCUAUCCUUGGCUACGUGAGGUGUUGGAAGCAGUGCUGGCUCACACUGGAUCCUGUCUCCAAAACCCAAAAUGGGCCAGGUGUGAUGGCACAGGCCUUUAGUCCUAGCACAGA